AUGCUGGACAUGCGAAAAACUGUUACUACACUCGACUGUUCUUUUUCAAUCAACUUUCCACGAGAUGGUAUACCUACUCUAGGUUCGUGGAUUAGCAAAAUAGAUGUCUUGAGUUCAAGGAAAAAUCAUGCGCGAGUAACAGUCUUAAUGAUGGAUCAUAUGAAAUAUGGCAAGCGACAAGAUUUUAGGCAUGUUUUUAUGGUGCGUCGCUAG